GUAUUGAGCGCAACCAAUAAUUUCAAUGCUAAAACAGUUCGCACUAAUUCUUCACAUAUAUAUAAAAUAUAAAGAUAUAUAGUAUUAUACUUCCAUGCACAUUUUUCCUGAUUUUUCUACACGUCCCACUUGCAGAUCGUAGAAGCUCAUUUUGAUUUAUGCCCUUUCCUUUCACCUCUUGACCGUCGUCGUCGUCUUCUUCUUCUUCUUCUUCUUUUAAACGAUUAUUGUAGUUCAUAAUACAGCAUAAUUAUAAUCGUAUGCAUUCCAUGAGGAAAAUGAUAAACCAUCAACUCCGGCUCUCAUGGCCCUUUAAUUCUCACUUGUUCUACCUCAUCUUGCUCUACCUCUAAAAGACAUCCGAUUAGCUAGUCAAUAAGGUCAGCAGCCAUAAGUGUCCCUUUUCUUUUUCUCGAUCUCUCUCCAACAUACACCGGUUCUCUCCAUGGGAGGAAUCAUCUCCGUGUUCUUUUCUGCAAGUACUGAUGAGAGUACUAAAGGGUCAUCAGACUCGGUUCCGGAGCCUGGCCUUGGAGACUUGCCGGAUAGUUGCAUCACGAUGAUCCUCGCGGAGUUGGAUCCGCCAGAGAUCUGUAAGUUGGCCGGGCUGAACAGGGCAUUUCGAAUUGCCUCAUUGGCCGAUAAUUUGUGGAAGUCAAAGCUGCCCUCGAAUUAUGAGUUUCUCAUGGAGAGAGUUCUUGGCGAACCAGUCGGAUAUUUAACCAAGAAAGAGAUUUACGCAAGACUCUGUCGGCCGAAUGCCUUCGAUGGCGGUACAAAGGAAGUUUGGCUUGAUAAAGUUUCUGCUAAAAUGUAUCUAUCAAUUUCUUCCAAGGCAUUGAAAAUAACGGGAAUGGAUGAUCGAAGAUAUUGGAAUCAUAUUCCAACAGGAGAGUCCAGGUUCAACACAGUGGCAUAUCUCCAGCAGAUCUGGUGGGUCGAAUUGGUGGGUGAAAUAGAGUUCGAAUUCCUCCUGCCCGGAAAGUACAGCCUCUUCUUCAGGCUACAACUAGGCAAGACCCUAAAGCGAUUUGGACGUCGGGUCUGUGAUCUUGGUAGAGUUCACGGCUGGGACAUCAAGCCCGUCCGGUUCCAGCUGUCGACAUCGGGCUGCCAGGAAGCCACGUCUGAGUGCUACUUGCAUGACCCUGGCAACUGGGUCCACUACCACGCCGGUGAUUUCAUAGUGGAAAACACACACAUGCCCUCGAGAGUCAAGUUCUCCAUGGUACAGAUAGACUGCACACACACCAAAGGAGGUCUGAGCGUGGAUUCCGUGUUAAUAUGCCCGAGCAAGCGAAUCGAGUCGAGAAGCAGCCAAAUUACAUGAGUUUCCGUUUUCGGUUUAGACUAACAUUUGGUAAUUGGUAUCACACCAGCAGCAUAGCCACUAGUAUAUAGUACCGUUGGUGUAGUCGUAGACAUGCGCAAUACUGAUUUAUUACUUUGGGAGUUUCCUUUUGAUGGAAUUUUUUGACCAUUCAAGAUUCACAUGCAUGCAUCCAUUCCAUGUAUAAAAAAAGCAGAGGCAAAAUCCGACAGCAAGCUAACAUAAACGGUCACCGAAUGGAACAUCGAACUAACCAACCACCAAAAGUCCAGCAAUCUCCAGCACAUGGUGUACUAAAUCAUCAUAUAAAAUCCAUGAUAAUGAAAAGUAGAACAAUCUCCGGCACAUGGGAGUACUAGAUCUUCAUCAUACAGAAGCCAUGAGAAUGAAAUCGAAGCUGUUCUUCCUCAACAAGUAGCUUAUGCAAUAGAUUACACUUGCACUGACUUAUAACGACGACAUAGACGAAGCCCCGCCAAAGAAGAUUUUCCCUAAAUAUUCUAAAAUUGCUUGCAAGUGUUGCAACACCAGUUUGUGAAGCCACAACCACAAUUAGAAACGAGUUAAAAACAAAAAAAAAAAA